UCAUCGUUCGUUUAUUACGUCACAAUUUCCGACGCACGUUGUUCGUUAGUUGUGUAGCAGUUAGCAUUGAGCAGUGAAAUCUACAAGUCUUCACAUGGCAAAUGGAUGCAAAGACGUGCUGUUUAGCCGUGGAACUGGACAGAGUGACGAUUCGGAUAUAUGGGACGACACAGCAUUGAUAAAGGCUUAUGACAAGGCAGUCGCAUCAUUCAAGACUGCACUUAAAGGUGAAGAUGAGCCGGAAGCCUCCAAGAAAAACCAACCUGGAAAAAAACGCAAGAACAACAAAAAGAACCAGAGCAGGAAAAGAACCAAUGCACCACCAGAUAAAGAGUGGCAGGUUGGGGACUCAUGCUGUGCGUAUUGGACAGAGGAUGGCCAGCUCUAUGCAGCCACCAUCUCCUCCAUAGACGAAAAGAGGGGCACCUGUAUAGUUGUUUUUACAGAUUAUGGCAAUGAGGAGGAGCAGAACCUUGAAGACUUGCUUUCAGAGAUUUCUGAGGGCGAUGAGGAAACCAAUACCAAGGUAAAGGAGGCAGAAACGUCAACAGAAGAGAGUGACAGGCCAACCACACCAAACCAACACAAGAAACAGCCGCACAGUAAACCCCAGAAGUCCAAGGCCCACAGAGAACCUCCUCCUAUGUGGGCUCCUGGUUUCCCUGGGUUUCCUCCAGGUCCACCUCCCAUGCAUGCUUUCAGACCGGGAGGUAGCAGACGAUCUGGUGGUCACGGGCCUGUACCUCCUUCCUGGCCUCCCAUGAUGCCUUUUGGUCCACCAAUGAUCCCUCCACCUCCACCGAUGAGCCCAGACAUGGUGGAUGAUGAAGCUUUGGGCAGCGUGCUCAUCUCCUGGUACAUGAGCGGAUAUCACACAGGAUACUACUUGGGGUUGAAACAAGGACGCAAAGAAGCUGCCAAUUGGACAAAACUGCACCACAAAUGAAAAGACAAACACAAACAUUUCAUCGUUUCAGUUUCUCAGGACGUCACCUGGAGCAGCAGCCACCCUCCCUGUUGUGCCUGAUGUGUGUUUUUUCUUGUUCCAGUGAAAUAUUAUGAUGAUGAAGUGUACAUGCUGUGAACAGAACGUUCAUCAGAGCUCAAGGAGAAGAGUUUUGUAUUCUUUGUAAAUAGAUUAAAUAAAGGCUAUCGAAGCACAGUUGAUAA